AUGUCGACCGACAGUCUCUCCCUAUCCAACAAAGUGGCCAUCAUUACCGGUUCCGGCCGGGAAAACGGUAUCGGCGCGGCCAUCGCCCUAGCGCUUGCCAGAGCAGGUGCCCGCGUGUACAUCAAUUACAUCUCCGAGUCCUCUGCUACCCGUGCCGCACAAGUCGUCUCUAAUAUUGAGGCAGCCGUCGGUAAGGGUGUGGCCACCUCUAUCAGGGCCGACGUUUCUACCACCGAAGGUAGCAGAAAGAUCGUGGAAGAGACACUGUGUAGCUUCGGAGUUGACCACAUCGACAUUAUUGUCAACAAUGCUUCAUACAUGGUACCGGGAGGGGCGCUACAAACCUCUCCCGAAGACAUGAUGAAAACAUUUCAGGUCGCUGUCGUCGGCCCAGUGCUACUCCUCCAGGCGGCCUACACCCAUAUGUCUCAAAAUGGCCGCAUAAUAAACAUUGGCAGCGUUGCUUGA